CUCUCGCUCUUCCUCUUUGCCUCCACUGCAGCGCCGUGGUUUGGAUUUCUUCUCUUGUGGAAAUCAUGAAAAUUAAUUUUGCCCCCGUGACUAUACCCCUCCACAGGAGACUGCAGACUGCCAUGGUGCUGCAGUGGGUCUUCACCUUCCUUGGUCUGGCACCCACCUGCAUCUUCCUGUUCUGUUACCUGAUGUUCACUCGCUACUGGCUGAUCAGCGUGCUGUAUGCUGUCUGGUGGUACUUUGAUUACGACACUCCUGCACGUGGAGGCAACAGGUCGCCCUUCCUGUGCAGCCUCAAAGUUUGGGAAUACAUGCGUGAUUACUUUCCCAUCAAGCUGCUCAAAACNGCUGACUUAGAUCCCAGGCAUAACUACAUCCUUGGCUUCCAUCCCCACGGUGUGCUGGUGGCAGGAGCCUUUACCAACUUCUGCACCUACUCGACAGGCUUCAGACAGCUGUUUCCAGGCAUCACCAGCUACCUGCUCAUGUUGCCUCUUUGGUUCAGAGCUCCAUUCUUCAGAGACUACAUCAUGUGUGGAGGCCUGAUUCCUUCAGACAAAGAGAGUGCCACUUACCCACUCUGCAAAAAGAAAGGUGGAAAUGCUGUUGUGAUAGCUGUUGGAGGGGCACCAGAGGCCCUCGAUGCCCACCCAGGCACUUUCAAUGUACUCUUGGCCCAUAAAAAAGGCUUCAUCAAAAUGGCCAUGGAGUAUGGGUAA